UCUACUGUGACGUUGGCAUCGUAUAUGAGAAUGUUCUCAAUUGACCCUGAUAAAGGUUCAAUUAAUACACAAUGUGUCAAGGUGGAACUGCAUGUUACUAAUUUCAUCUCUGUAAGGCAACAUCAAAAGUCGCAUGAGGCAUGUUGGAGGAGCACACAGCGUGACAUUGGUCCUGACGAGUCAACCAGCUGAGCUCACUCCCGGGAUCACACGACCGCCGACAUGGCCGGCUGGGGCUCCUUCUUCUUCUCGCUCCUCAACUACAAGACGGAGAAGUACGUCAUCGCCGAGAACAGGAGGAUCGGAAUACUCUUUCGAAUCUACCAACUGGCCGUGCUUGGAUACAUAAUUGGGAUCACACCGUGGAGUGGAACGGAGCCUGUGGGCAUUGGGAUGCAUGAACGUUGGCUCCAGUGGGUGUUUGUGAUGAAGAAGGGCUACCAGGAAAGGGAGGAGGCCAUCCAGUCCUCGGUCAUCACCAAGCUCAAAGGCGUCACUCUCACCAACAGCUCUGAGAGUGGGCUUCACCUGUGGAGCGCCGAGGACUAUGUCAUUCCGCCAAAUGGAGAGCAGGUUUUCUUCGUGGUAACAAAUUACAUCGAGACCCCAAAUCAGAGGCUGGGCUUCUGUGCAGAGAGUUUCAAGGUACCAAAUGGCCAGUGCCUUAGCGAUGAUGACUGCAUCGAGGGGGAGACUGUCACAGCAGGGCAUGCCCCACCCAGCCAAGAAUCUUUGCUCUCUCCAUCAGGAAUUAAAACAGGCUUGUGUAUAAACAGCACCGGGACCUGUGAGAUUAAUGCCUGGUGUCCUGUAGAAUACAGCAAGAGACCCAUAGUGCCGCUCCUGGGUGAAGCUGAAAACUUCACCGUUUACAUCAAGAACUUCAUCAGGUUCCCAAAGUUUGAAUUCUCCAAGUCCAACGUUCUUGACACUGCUGAUGACAGCUACUUGAAAAGAUGCUCCUACGACCAAGUCGACCAUCCUUACUGUCCCAUCUUUCGCCUGGGAGAUCUGCUCAAAUGGGCUGGACACGACUUUCAGGACAUGGCUGCGAAGGGUGGGUCUGUUGGUAUCUUAAUUGAGUGGAACUGCGAUUUGGAUAAGGACUCCUCUCAGUGCAAUCCACAAUACAGCUUCACCCGUUUGGACAUAAACUUGAACAACUCUGUUACAUCGGGAUACAACUUCAGAUAUGCCAGAUACUAUAAGGAUCAAAAUGGGGAAACCUUUCGCACUUUGUAUAAAGUGUAUGGAAUUCGCUUUGACAUCAUGAUCAAUGGCCAGGCUGGAAAAUUCAACAUCAUUCCCACAAUAAUCGCCAUUGGUUCCGGUGUUGCUCUUCUAGGGAUAGGAGCCUUUGUGUGUGAUAUGAUCCUGCUGUACAUGAUGAACACAAGCUCCUUCUAUCGAAACAAGAAGUUUGAGAUCAUCAAUUUCAAGAAAGAGCGGAACUCAAUCAGGGAGAAGAAGGCUCGGGAAAGGAAAUCUAGGAAAUUAGCCGCAGAGAAAGCGGCUGUCAACUCUGUGGAAAAGACAGCAGAUAUUGAAGCCUUAGCGGCUCAGAACAAGCCAUUUGACGACAAACGGGGUCCCACCAUUCCACGCAACACGGGCCAGCGGUACGCCUCCGCCCUCUCCCCCCAAGGUGCAGAACCAAAGCAUCACAUCACAUUCGCGCCACGCAAUUGAAAAUGCAAGGAAGGUCUCAAGAGGUGGAACCCAAAAGUCUAACUCACUUUUCGCAUUAUUUGACGUGACUGUCACCUCUCCACCUGCUCAAGCGAUUCUUUUGGCUUGACUGCAGAGAAACGAGCCUUGACCACUGCACCUGAGUAAAGACACACAGCGUCACAGUUGCAGCAACAGUAACGGCGGGCUCGAGCAUCUCAACGUCGAUAUGGCGUCGGGUGGGACGACUAAAUGAACCCGGUGACCCAGAAACCUGGCUGUCUUCAUUGCCAUUGUUUUAGCCAAUGACUCCUUGACAGUCUAUUUGCAUGGCAUUUUGAAUUGUGUUUAAUGGUGCCAGCUGAAAAUGGCAGCGGGUCACCUGGGCUGUAGAAAUCGUCAUUCAAACUAUUCUAUUACCCCUCGUGUUAUGUUGCUGGUAUAGCUGAUCCAUUAAAAAAAAAAAAAAAAAAACUAGAAAAUAAAGUGAACCAGCCCCUUGUACCACUUAAAGGUAAUUCAUUACAGCAGCGGUUCUGACCAACAUUAAUGUACACUACUACUGUACUUUUAAAGAAACAUUUGUUGUAAUUGUAUAUUACACAUUCAGCAAUUGUGUUUAAAAAUGAUUUCAUCAUCUCUACUUUUUAAUGACCGUGAGUUGUUUCAAGAUUCAAAUACUUUUAGAUUUCAACGUUUUAACCAUCCACAGAUGACUUCCUCCGAUCUGUUUAAUGUACUAAACAAUCUUGCCCACCGCUGACUGAAUUGCCUUGUUGCCGUGAUUCAUGUAAUGAAUUCAACAGCUAACCGAU